CAAUCAUUCUCUUUGACCAGAGCGCUUGCCACCAUGGACUUGGGCUUCCUACGCAGUCAGCUUAUCGAAACCUGGAGGCUGCCCUACCCCAGCGACAGCUACGCCGGCCGGACCAUCGUCAUCACCGGCAGCAACACCGGCCUGGGCAGGGAAGCCGCCCGCCACUACGCACGCCUGGGCGCGAGCCGGCUGAUCCUGGCCGUCCGCCACGUCGACAAGGGCGAGGAGGCCAAGCGGGACAUCCAGACCACCGCCGCCGAGGGGGUCUCGAUCGAGGUGUGGGAGGUCGACAUGGCGAGCUACGCCAGCGUCAAGGCCUUCGCCGCCCGCGUCGACGCGGAGCUGGACCGCGUCGACAUCUUCCACGCCAACGCCGGCGUCGCCCGCAUGGUGUUCGCCCUGGCCGAGGGCAGCGAGAGCAGCGUCACGGUCAACUACCUCUCCACCUUCCUGCUCGUCGACCUCGUCCUGCCCAAGCUCAAGGCCACCGCCGCCCGGUUCCGCGUUCGCCCGACCCUCGUCGUCACGAGCUCCGGGGUCCACCGGCACACCGCGUUCCCCCAGAGGAACGAGCCCGACGUGCUCGCCGCCCUCAACGACCAGGGCUACGCGGGCGGGCGGCACUGGUCCGAGCAGUACCCCAUCUCCAAGCUGCUGGGCAUCUUCGCCGUCCGCAGCAUCGCCAAGGAGCACCCGGCGGACGCGUACCCCGUCACCAUCAACCUCGUCAGCCCCGGCUUCUGCCACUCGGGCCUGUCGCGCGAGGCCAAGGGCAUGCAGAGGGUCGCCUUCGCCGUCCAGAAGGCCCUGCUGGCCAGGUCGACCGAGCGCGGCAGCUGGACGCUGCUCCACGCCGGCCUGCAGGGGCCCGAGUCGCACGGCCAGUACCUCGAGGACGCCAGGAUCGUCCAGCCGUCCGACGUCGUCACCCGGAAUCCGGACCUGCAGGACCGCCUGUGGGCCGACCUCAAGGCGAAACUCGAGGCCAUUCAUCCCGGUGUGACGGCCAACUUUUAAUCAAAUACCACCAACCUCGUGUCACACACCCGCGAUUGAUU